UAAAUCUUACCUUCAAGAAACAACUAUGUAUGUGCAGUAAUGCUUCUUGCCCGCCGUCUUCGAGCUGUGAUCUCAGCUCCCUCUACUUCAUCUUCCGAGCUAUUCCUACAGUCGGCCACAGUCAGCAUCUGCGGAAUCUCAACCUCCUCCUCUACCGACGUCUCCGGCGAUACUCGGAGCAGCCGCGGCGGCGGGGGCGGGGGUCAGACGUUAGGGCGAAGGUUGCUGAGCCUCAUCUACCCCAAGCGCAGCGCCGUGAUCGCCCUGCAGAAGUGGGCGGAGGAAGGGAAGGCCAUUCAGAAGUACCAGCUCAACCGUGUAGUUCGCGAGCUGCGCAAACACAAGCGCUUCAAGCAUGCCCUCGAGAUAUGUGAAUGGAUGAGAACGCAGCCGGAUAUCAAGCUACUACCAGGUGACUAUGCUGUGCAUUUAGAUCUAAUUUCCAAGGUCCGAGGCCUCUCUAGCGCAGAGAAGUUUUUUGAAGAUCUUCCUGACCGAAUGAAAGCGCAGUCUACCUGCACUGCUCUCCUCCAUGUUUAUGCACAGAACAAAUUGUCAAGCAAGGCUGAAUAUCUCAUGAAAGAGAUGGCAUCUCAUGGUUUCCUGACCUGCUGCUUCCCUUACAACCACAUGCUGACUCUCUAUGUAUCCACUGGCAAACUAGAUAAAGUACCAGAAGUAAUCAAGGAACUGAAGAAGAACACCAAACCAAACGAGUUCACUUAUAAUUUAUGGUUAAGUGCCUGUGCAGAUAAAAUUGAUGUCAAGGGCGCAGAAGAAGCCAUUCUUGAUAUGUCGAGGUACAAAGUGACCGGAGAUUGCAUUACAUUCAGUACCUUGGCCAGCAUUUACAUCAAAGCAGGGCAUACCAUGAAGGCAAGAGAAGCAUUGGAGAAGAUGGAGAGGAGGAUUUCGAGGAAAGAUCGAGCCUCAUACGGUUCCCUUAUAAGCAUGUACACAAGUCUAUCUGAUAAAGAGAAUGCUCAGAGAAUAUGGAGUAAAAUGAAAUCAAUGUUCCGAAAGAUGAGCGACGAAGAGUAUAAAUGCAUUCUCAUCUCACUCUUGAAGUUAAACCUUGUUGAUGAAUCUGAGGCUAUCUAUAGUGAGUGGGAGUCUGUUUCAGGAACUGGAGAUUCCAGAGUCUCAAAUGUUCUUCUUGCAUACUACACCAAGAAUGAUAUGAACAAGGCUGAGAAGUUCCAUGAUCGCGCCACGAAAGCUGGGAUCAAACCUAGCUACUCUUCUUGGGAGAACCUAGCAUCAGGGUUUCUGCGUUUGAAUAGGAUGGAUAAGGUUUUGAAUUGUUUGAAGGAAGCUUUCUCUAGUGUGAAUAAGUGGGAGCCUAACACUGAAUUUGUGAGAGACUUGUUGAAGGGAUUUGAAAAUGCUGGAGAUACAGAAGGAGCGGAGAAGUUCUUAGUCCUGCUUCGUGAUGCUGGAUAUGUGAAGACAGAGAUUUACAACUCUUUGCUGCGCACAUAUGCUAAAGCUCAUAAGAUGCCUUUGAUAAUUGCAGAGCGCAUGAAAAAGGAUCAUGUAGCAGUGGAUGAGGAGACCAAGAGAUUGCUCAGUUUGACAAGAAAAUACUGCGUUGGAAGUGCUGAAAGCUUGAUUUCAUGAUGAGGUAUUUGCUUUCUUUUGAUAUUAAGUAGAAUAGGAGUGCCCGUUUUGCACAAAUGGCUAACUGAUUUGAAGUAGGUUUUGCUCAAAUUAAAUUUGAAUUGGGGUCAAAUCAGAUUCGAAUUUGAAGUUUUUAAAUGAUUCGAUAAUGGUUGGCUGUA